GACAUCUCUUUUCCGCUACGCCCAGCUCGUCCUCCAAUGCGUCCUCUCACAGAAGAUGAGAGCAAAAUAGUGUUUACCAAGCUAGCCAACUACAUUGGCAAGAAUUUGGUACAUCUGAUCGACAGAGCAGACGAACCGUACUGUUUCCGUCUGCACAAGGACAGGGUUUUCUAUGUCUCUGAAUCGUCUAUGCGACUAGCCAUCUCUGUUGCACGACCGAACCUUGUCAGUCUUGGAACUUGCUUUGGCAAGUUCACGAAGAGCGGGAAAUUCAAGCUUCACGUAACGGCCCUUGACUAUCUCGCGCAGUAUGCGAAGUACAAAAUCUGGAUCAAACCAAAUGGAGAGAUGCCAUUCUUGUACGGCAACCAUGUCUUGAAAGCGCAUCUGGGCAGGAUCACGGAAGACACCCCUGAGCAUCAGGGUGUUGUUGUUUUCAGUAUGAAUGAUGUCCCACUGGGUUUCGGAGUAACUGCUCGGUCGACCGUGGAUACCAGAAAACUGGACCCCACUGCAAUCAUCGUGUUCCACCAGUCGGAUGUUGGAGAGUAUCUUCGUGAUGAGGAAACAUUGUUCUAGUAUGCCGUCCGCGCAACACCUGUUCAACUCGGCUAUGAAGUGCUCUCUCCGGUUGAAUGCAUUUUAUCCCUGUCGUGCAAAAUUAUCUUACUGCGACUAUUGGUUAGUUGACCCUCCUCGUUCUCCAUCUGCUGUGUUUUGUAUUGUGGGCCCUGUAAUGAUAGAUAGACAUGGAUCUGAUAUACAUCUUGAUACCAC